CAUCACGUACUGGGGUGUGGGCACGUGACAGCACGCCGGCGCUAUCUCGGCCAUCCUUAGGGGCACAGCCUUGGAUGGCUACGUCAUUGCGCGGCCUGGACGCUGGGCCUGGAUCCUUGAGGCGCUGGAUCCUAACCUGUGCGGCGCUGCUGUUGCUGCCUCCGCGGUCAAACUUAGGUUAUAAUGAGAACCACAUGGAACCAGUUUGUGGCACACCCUGGUGGACAGACAACUUGGAGGAGAGCCACCACUGGCCCUGGGAAGUGAGCCUUCAGAUAGAAAAUGAGCACGUGUGUGGAGGAGCCCUCAUUGAUCGAAGCUGGGUGGUGUCCGCGGCUCAUUGCAUCCAGAGCAACAAAGAAUACUCAGUGAUGUUGGGUAGCAGCAGCCUCAACCCCAACAGCUCCUCCUGGGCCCUGAAGAUUCCCGUGGGUGACAUCAUUAUGCAUCCCAAGUACUGGGGCCGGAACUUCAUCAGAAGCGACAUUGCCCUUCUCUCUCUUGAAAUCCCCGUCACUUUCAACAAGUACGUGCAACCCAUCUGUCUUCCAGAGCACAACUUCAACUUGAAGGUCGGGAUGAAGUGCUGGAUAACUGGCUGGGGCCAGCUGAAGCAGCACUCCCCAGGACCCUGGUUCUGGUCCUGUGGUCAGACCAAUGUAACCUGCAAGGUGGUAAACGGGAAGGUGGUGGAGGUAGGCAAGUGGCCAUGGCAGGUAAGCAUUCUUUUCCUGGGAGUGUACGUCUGCAGCGGUUCCCUCAUCCACCACCACUGGAUCCUCACUGCUGCACACUGCUUUCAAAGAUCCAAGAACCCGGCUAACUACACUGUGAAGGUGGGAGUCCAGACCCUCCCGGACAACAGCACCUCAGAACUCCUGGUCACUAGAAUUGUGAUUCAUGAGAACUUCAUCAAUCACAUGUCCCAUGACAUCGCCAUCCUGAAGCUCAAGUAUCCUGUCACCUGGUCCCCCCUCAUCCAGCCAAUCUGUCUCCCUUCUAUCAAUUUCAAGCCAAGCAUUGGCACCAUGUGCUGGGUCGUCGGAUGGGGACUCGAAAAUGCCAAAGGAGCCCCAAAGACUCCCUAUAGUGUCCAAGGCUUGGCCGUCAGGAUUGUAAACAAUGAAAUUUGCAAUCAUCGAUACCAGUUCCUCCUGCUGAAGAACCAGAAGAAGUUCAUUGGGAAUGACAUGUUAUGUACAAGCUCGGAAUGGGGCCUGGACACUUGUCAGGACACUUCCGGGAGCUCCCUGGUUUGCCAGAUGAACAAGACCUGGAUCCAGAUGGGCGUGGUGAGCUGGAACUUUGGCUGUGGCCGUCGCCAAUUCCCAAGCAUCUACACCAGCACCUCCUACUUCACCCACUGGAUCAAGAGACAGAUCGGCGACUUGAAGUUUGCCAGCAUGGCUGUUCCCUCCUUCCUGAGCCCGCUCAUCCUCACUGGCUACAUUCUGCUGGUAUCCUUGGGCUCCCUGUGGCUCUUGUGAGCUGUGUUUCUGUGACAGCCACUCCCAGAGACUACUUCUCCCUCCUCUCUGCUCUGCCCUCAGAAGAUGUGGAUACCGGAGGCUGGACAGGACUUCAGGACAGAGGGACUUUGGGGAAGGGCCCUCGGCCCACUGUGGGUUUUGUUCCCCAGUUGUUCAAUGAAGAUGCUCUUGAACCUUUUGAGCCAUCUGAAAGUUACCAUGUUCUUGACUUUGACCCUUUGGGACACGUCCCUCAUAAAAUUUGGCUGUUUCUCAA